CUUAUCUAGCCUAGGCCAUGACUAUGCUUGAAAAAUAUUGUCUUUCCCAAGUCUUUCCUCUCUCAAGGUUUGACUACAAGAGACUAGGAAACUAGCUAUAGGUCAAAGCCAAAACUGCAUCUACUACCUAGUAGUACCUUCCAAGCUCGGUUGUCACUUGCCCCUCCACAAUAAUGGCUACCAAGACCGACAUACUUGAUGAUAACAAGUCCGUUGCUAACGCACCUCCCCCGUACGACUCAAUUCCUACGUCUACAUCAUCCGCAAGAUCCGUCCGACAUAGACCAUCUGUAUUUUCCUUUCUAAACAUCAAGCAGAAGAUCAGCAAAUCCCUUACUCAUGUACCUCCCUCGAAAGACACAUCUGCAUCAUCAGCAAAUUCUGUCCAAUGCCAGAAACAGACCACUGUCUUAUCUCGCAUCCGUGAUAUUGUCUCCGCUCCCGACAUCAUUGACACCCCUUCUGUUGCCCUAAUCGUCGAUGCCUGCACUGCUUCUCUUUCAGUUGCAGAGUUCUCUGACCUCCUGCAAUCUCCCAACAUUGAGGGUCACACAGCACUGUAUUGGGCAAUUGUCAAUAAGCGGCAAGAAGCCUUUUCGGCCUUUGCUGUAUUCAUUACCAAAUUCUCGCCUGUUUGCUCUUCCGACUUGCGUCUCGCGUGCGUGGCAACUCACAAUCAGGCCUUGUUUGUCCAGCUGGGUUUGGGAUACAAUGAUCCCAAGGACGAACCUUUGAGACGCUCUUUGGGUUGUCCACCUGAUGACGUUCAGGUGCACGAAGGAGAUGGACUGGGCGAGAACCAGUUCAUUGCUUGUAUACACAUCAGGAUGUUCCGGAAACGUUUGCACAUUACACAGGAUUUAGGCAUAGAAUUUAUUGCAGGGGGACGUAUAUGGAUGUUGCGCUUCUACAUGGGACCUGAUGGGAGGUGGCGCAUCGGGCUUAGUCUUUCUCAACCUAGUUUUCCAGCGCGUCCAGAUGCUAAACUUCUGAUCGAGGCUCACACAAAACCUGGUUGUAUAAACCCACCUCAAGGGCUGGUAAUGACUUAUGACAAGGCAAAACUGCUUGUACCUGGGGGAUCUCAAAAAUAUACGGGCUUAUCCAAUUUCGUCAACAUCUUUUGGUCGUUGAGCGAUUGGCUUCUGUACGAUAAUACCAUAUAUACGGACUGCGAUGGCACCCUGCACGCAUCGCUAGAUAUUACAUUAAGAUAAUGUCAGCAGCUCAGUAUCUCUUGAUAUAUAUUGCACUUUUUUUGGCUAA